AGUGGGUCAAGCAGGCGUCUCCAUCUGAAGCCGAGCUGAGCCUCUCCCACAGCGGGGCAUUCGCAACAUCAACCCGGGCCCGGCGGCAUCGGCUGCCCGCUACAAGGGGAAAGGAAACAUGGACCAACCGGCGCGUUAGGAGCGGCCUGGUGCUUUAGUGAGGACAAUACCUACCUAUUUAUUUAACUAUUUAUUUAAUUAUUUAUUUCCCCAGCAGUAAUGGCUGGGGUCCAUGGCUGCAGCUGAGGGGCAGGUGCAAUAUCGACGAAGACGUUUGGUUCCGAGACAUGGACUCAGAGCCGUGAAACUGUGCGGGAAUAACAGGUUAUACUGUGAGAUAAAGCCCGGUACUGCAUCCAGCGUUGCCGCAGCUGUACCCAUUCCCCUGCCAAGCCUGUCACUCCUGAAUAUGACCUGAUCCUGUCGCCUAUCCAUCCGCGGAAACCCCCCACAUCCACAGCCCGUGACACUCGCUGCUUUCAGGCCUGUUCACCGCGCACCCCCAGCGGAGGCAGCCAACAUGAUGGACCUGCAGUUAGACGAGGUGGUGUACCAGGACGACUACGGCUCCGGGACUGUCAUGUCGGAGCGGGUGUCGGGCCUGGCGAGCACCAUUUACCGCGAGUUCGAGCGCCUCAUCCGCAGCUACGACGAGGAGGUGGUGAAGGAGCUGAUGCCGCUGGUGGUCAACGUGCUGGAGAACCUGGACGCGGUGCUCACGGAGAACCAGGAGCACCUAGUGGAGCUGGAGCUGCUCAAGGAGGACAACGAGCAGCUCAUCACCCAGUACGAGAGGGAGAAGGCGCUGCGUAAACAGGCGGAGGAGAAAUUCAUAGAGUUUGAGGAUGCCUUGGAAGCUGAGAAGAAGGACCUCCAGGUGCAGGUGGAGUCUCUGGAGCUGCAGUCCAAACAGCUGGAGCUCAAGUCCAAGAACUACUGCGACCAGAUCACACGUCUGGAGGAGAGAGAAUCCGACAUGAAGAAAGAAUACAACGCCCUGCACCAACGCCACACUGAGAUGAUCCAAACCUACGUGGAGCACAUAGAACGGUCCAAACUGCAACAGACGGGAAGCAACAGCCAAGAGGGCACUGGCUGCGGACGAACUCAACGCCAUAAGUGGAGGAAAAGCAGCAAAGCGGACCGGCCUCCCUCGCUGAGCCUGUACCCCACCGGCGAAGGCAUGGUACGUGGGGGUCUCGGGGGGGCUAGGACCGUGCCCGCCAAAGACAUCUGGCAGGUCGGCAGUGACACCUUCAGCUGUGCCUAUCAGGAGGACGGGUCAGAGUCGGACUCUGUGGCCGCCACACCCAGCAGCACGGGAAGCAAGUCCAACACGCCCACCUCCUCUGUCCCCUCGGCAACGGUCACCCCCAUCAAUGAAGGCUUUCCCCCGCACGGUGACUUCGACAUACGCACAGGGAACCGGCGCAAAGGGACCAAGAGGCUGAGCCGCAACAUGGAGGUGCAGGUCUGCCAGGAGACCAAGAAUGUCAGCAUUGGAAUGGGCAGCAGUGACGAGUGGACUGAGUUUCAGGAGAUCAUUGAUUCCACCCCUGAGCUGGACAUGUGCGUGGACCCGCGUCUGUACGGAGGAGGCAACAGUCCCUCUCAGGGCAUUGUCAACGAAGCUUUUGGGAUCAACACUGACUCUCUCUACCACGAGCUCAAAGAUGCCAAGUCUGACGUGAUCGGAGAUGUAGAUGCCGGCGCAGAACUUCUAGGUGAAUUCUCAGGAAUGGGCAAGGAGGUAGAGAACCUACUAACAGAGAACAAACAACUCCUAGAGACCAAAAAUGCUUUGAACAUAGUGAAGAAUGACCUUAUUGCCAAAGUGGAUGAGUUGUCAGGGGAGCAUGAGGUGCUGAGAGAGGAACUGGAGGCAGUGAGACAGUCCAAGAACAAAGUGGACGCCCGAGUGAAGGAGCUGGAGGAGGAGCUAAAGAGACUACGAGCAGAGGCGCUGGGAGCUUCUAGAGACUCAAAGGAUGAAUGUGGGGAUGAUUUCUCGUCCCCCAUGCAGGACGGAGACAUGACUAUGACCCAGAGGAGGCGCUUCACUCGGGUGGAGAUGGCCCGGGUGUUGAUGGAGAGGAACCAGUACAAAGAGAGGCUGAUGGAACUGCAGGAGGCCGUGCGGUGGACAGAGAUGAUCAGGGCAUCUCGGGAGAGCCCACCAAUUCAAGAAAAGAAGAAGUCUACCAUCUGGCAGUUCUUCGCUCGCCUGUUCAGCUCCUCGUCCAGCCCUCCCCCGGUCAAGCGUCCGUACUACAGUGUGAACAUCCACUACAAGUCCCCCUCUCCUGCCUUCUCCCAGCGCCGCAGCCACACCAUGUGCCAGAUCUCCACCUCCAACCGCACACUCGAGUUUUUCCCCGAAGAUGACUCUGCCCUAAUGACACGCAGAGAGCAGAGGCGGGAACAGUACCGCCAGGUCCGUGAGCACAUGCGGCGUGACGACGGCAUCAUGCAGGCCUGUGGCUGGAGUGUGCCCUCCAGGUUCAAACAGAAUGGUGCACAGGCCGACAGUGCUCCGGACAGUGCCCAGAAGAGACCGCAGGCAACCAAUGAGAAAGAGGACAACCGCAUCAAGAAUGUGCCUGUGCCGGUCUACUGUCGCCCUCUGGUAGAAAAGGACCCUAACAGAAAGUUGUGGUGUGCAGCAGGCGUGGACCUCACUGGAUGGAGGGCCAACCAGGACACCAUACUCAAAGCCUUAAACAGUAAUGGAGACCCUCUGAACGCAGAGGAGGACGAAGCAGAUAAGAAGAACAGCCCAGAGAAGAGAAAGCCAAAGGAGCUCCAGGAGACAGACUCGAUGAACAGUCGUGUGUGGAUCCUGACCAGCACACACUCGGCCAGUAAAGUGGUCAUCAUCGAUGCUAACCAGCCUGGCUCCCUGGUCGACCAGUUCAACGUCUGCAAUGCCCACGUGCUCUGCAUCUCCAGUGUGCCAGCUGCUAGUGAGAGCGACUACCCCGCAGGAGAGAUCGUGUUAGACCCAGGAGACGGCUCCAUGGGAGGGGACGACUCGGGCAGUGUGGAGGGGAUGCUAGCUGGGAUCACGCUGGUUGGCUGUGCUACAAACUGCAGCGUCGCUCGUAGCAACUGCUCCUCACGCACUGAUACGCCUAUUCAAGACAAAAACCAAGCUCCUGUUGCUCCACCUAGCAGUGCUAAAAUCCACUCAGCCCAGUCUGCAGAGGAGGCCACAGAAGCCACAGAGGUCCCAGAGUCUACCCCCAACCACACUGGCUCAGGACCACCAGGACCCUUCACUGAGCAUGUGUUCACAGACCCCCAGCCCCGUCCUGCCGACUCCUCAGACAGGAGCUCAGAACGGUCCAAAGAGGAGACGUCUCAUUCCACUGAUACAGAACACGGAGGAGAAGAGACCAAAAACUACACUAGUGUUGCGCCAACUAUGUGGCUAGGAGCACAGAAUGGCUGGCUCUAUGUCCACUCAGCGGUCGGAAACUGGAAGAAGUGUCUACACUCCAUCAAGCUCAAAGACUCAGUGCUCAGUUUAGUUCAUGUCAAAGGUCGUGUGCUGGUAGCUUUGGCUGAUGGGACGCUGGCCAUUUUCCACCGAGCAGAAGACGGUCAAUGGGACUUGUCUAACUACCAUCUGAUGGACCUGGGCCGGCCUCAUCACUCCAUCCGCUGCAUGGCUGUUGUGCACGACAAGGUGUGGUGCGGCUACAAGAACAAGAUCCAUGUCAUCCAGCCCAAGAGCAUGCAGAUCGAGAAGUCGUUUGAUGCUCACCCACGCAGAGAGAGUCAGGUGAGGCAGCUGGCCUGGAUCGGAGACGGGGUGUGGGUGUCCAUCCGGCUGGACUCUACGCUGCGCCUCUACCACGCACACACACACCAGCACCUGCAGGACGUGGACAUUGAGCCUUACGUCAGCAAGAUGUUAGGUACUGGGAAACUCGGCUUCUCCUUUGUGAGGAUCACAGCUCUUCUAAUCGGAGGAAACCGCCUCUGGGUUGGCACCGGAAAUGGUGUGAUCAUCUCCAUCCCUUUAACAGAAACUGUGGUCCUACACCGGGGACAGCUCCUGGGUCUGAGGGCCAAUAAGGUGUCUCCCACAUCGUCUGGAGGCGUGAUCCACGUGUACGGGGAUGACGGCUCGGAGAAGAGCACUGGCAGCUUUAUCCCGUACUGCUCCAUGGCACAGGCACAACUUUGUUUCCACGGACACCGAGAUGCCGUCAAAUUCUUUGUUUCUGUACCAGGUAAUGUAUUGGCCACGUUGAAUGGCAGUGUGCUGGACAAUCCCUCAGACACACAAGGGUCUGGGGCCCCUGCGGAGGCCGAGACGCAGAGCGUUCAGAACGUGCUGGUGCUGAGUGGAGGAGAGGGCUACAUCGACUUCCGCAUUGGUGAUGGCGAGGACGACGAGACAGAGGAAGGGGACAACAACACCCAGAGCACGGAGCCCAAGUCGUCUCUGUGCAAAGCCGAGAGGAGCCAUAUUAUUGUGUGGCAGGUGUCCUAUAUCCCUGAGUGACCUGGCUCUCCACCUACUCCUGCAACUCCCAGUAUCAACAUUUGAACUAACUAUUAUCCUCCUCCUCUGCCCUUAAAGCUUCCAGUGCUCCCAAACCUUGUAUUUAAUCCCUGAUGUAAAAGUCCCUUCAAGAUGUUUAACUACCAUACCCCCUGCUCCUGGUACCUUGUAAGUUAAAUGCAUUGUACAAAGAAAAAAAAUCCCUUCUUCUUUGAUCUUGUAAUAUGCUUGACAUGCUGUUUGGGCAUUCUAAGUAAAUCCAUGAGCCUUGUUCCUAGCCUAAAACUACCUCCCAAACAUUCAAAAUCUCCCUCGGUUGUCCUGCAUCUAGUCCUCUUCCUACUUCGGUUACCAUCUGUGAAACUUCUAAACAUAGACUUUAAACUUGCACAACGUAACUUUUCUGGUUUAGGGUUUUCUACGUGCUUGUUUCCGUGAUAAUUUUAUAGCUUUGCCUAGAAUGUUCCAUAGUAUUAUACAUUUUUGCUUUUACUCAGUAACAAGUGUGCUCAAAAAUGCAUUGAAUAACAUGUAUUUCUGCUGUGCGUGGGCUCACCUGUCCACAGAUCUGACCUGUAAGUGUAAUUCUAUACCGUGAAACAUUCGGGGCAAAGCAAUAGCAUCUCACGGUGACAACAGUCUCUUCAUCGGUAAAGUUACAGUGUGCCUUUAAGUAUCCCAAACCUGUUUAAUGAUGCAAUUUGUAUGGCCUUUGCUAGGUUUAUUAAUAACUUUGGACAAUACUUAUGCACCAGUUAUCCAUCAAAAAUACCGCCAAAAAAUGUAUGAAUCAAAAUUUUGAGAAGACAUUUUGAAAGAUGAGAAAU